AUGACUCUCUCUCUCCCUCUCGCGUGGCACUGCUUUUCUCGUAGAUCGAUCACCCUGUUUUUCGGACCAAGCAUCGAAAAGAUGAACAAAUACGAGGGCGCGUUGGAGGGCGUGGACGGGGAGGAGCUCUUCUCCGAGGUCAUGCAGCGCUUUGCGCGCCGUGCGCAGCUCAAGCUGGUGCGCGCCGUCCUCCAGAACGACGUGCAAGCCAUCCGACAGGCUGUCAAUGAUGGUGCCGAAAUCAAUGAGGGCAUCCUCCCCUUGGCAGCCUACGAAGAAGUGGCCAAGGUCAACGAGAUGGACUAUGAUGUUCUCGCACAGCACCCGGCACUGGCAGAUCAAGCGGAGCCCUACAGUCAGCCACCGCAGUUUCAGAGCGGUGAAAGCGGCACUCCCAACGAAUGCUUUCCCACCGGAGAAUACGACGCCCCCAUGCGCGACGUCGCCUACUGCUUUGCCACCCCACUCAUGUGGGCUGCCCACGUAUUUGCCCGCCCGGAGACAGUGGCCGUCCUGCUCGAGCUGGGCGCGGACCGCGACGUGCAACUCCCCAAUGGCCUCACCGUCAUCAUGGCCAUGCUGGAAUGUAACGAGGGCAACGAUAUCAGCAGUGGCAGUCCCGUGGACCUCCUGCGUCAGCUGGCCACCCCGCGCAACCUUCAGAUGCCCACCAGUAUCCUGGAGCAUGUCCUGACCAGUGAGGACUGGACUUUGGACGACGGCUUGGCCUCGCUGCUCGUCGAGCUGGAUGUUCCCAUCUCCCGUGGCUUUGCCGAUGCCGUGGCCGAGGACUCGAGCUGGAUGUCACCGGCCGUCGUUCCCGUGGUCGCUCGCGCUCGUGUUGACGAAAAUCUGCCCACGUAUGAGGGCUAAAGCGAUGCACGCCCUUCGAGCCAAAGGUACCCGGGCGCAUGCUUUACU